AUUCAUCUUCUUCAAUUCAAUUGCCCUCCUCUACCUUCAGGGCUCUAAUGGUUGAUAAGAUUCCCUAAAUUUAGAAUUGGUUUACUAUCACUGGUAAAUAUUUUGGGUCUAUUUGAGUAACUUUGGAGUACUAUUUUCUACAUUCAUGAUUCAUGUUUAGGUCUAUUUGAAGGAGGUAAUAUCCCUUUCACAGAGUUUUUAUACUCUUUUAUCAAAGCUCCUCUGUCUGCUCCUAUAGUAGAGAAAAAAUGGGAGAAAAGUCAAGCGUCCAGUUGGGGGUAAUUGGGGCAUUGUUCCUAUCUGUGGCAUCAUCAGUAUCCAUUGUCAUUUGCAACAAAGCCUUGAUGAGUAACCUUGGUUUUAAAUUUGCAACAACAUUGACGAGUUGGCAUUUGAUGGUGACAUAUUGCACUCUCCACGUAGCAUUAAGGUUAAAUUUCUUUGAGAACAAACCAAUAGAAUUGAAGACCGUGAUGCUCUUUGGCAUUUUGAAUGGCAUUUCUAUUGGCUUUCUUAACUUGAGCCUUGGCUUUAAUUCCAUUGGCUUCUAUCAGAUGACAAAACUUGCAAUCAUACCUUUCACCGUGUUGCUAGAAACGAUUUUCUUGAAGAAACAAUUUAGUCGAAAUGUGAAAUUAUCUCUCCUUGUUCUGUUGAUUGGCGUUGGCAUAGCUUCCAUUACGGAUCUUCAACUCAACCUUGUUGGAACAAUCCUUUCUCUACUUGCCAUUAUAACGACAUGCGUUGGUCAAAUUCUGACCAACACAAUACAAAAGAGGCUGAGUAUCUCAUCGACCCAGCUUCUAUAUCAAUCAGCCCCAUUUCAAGCUACAAUUCUCUUUAUUACUGGGCCUGUGGUGGACCAAUAUUUAACCAAACAAAAUGUCUUCGCUUCCACAUAUUCUCCAAUCAUACUGGGAUUCAUAGUACUCUCAUGUUUGAUUGCGGUUUCGGUGAACUUUAGCACAUUCUUGGUGAUUGGGAAGACAUCACCAGUGACAUACCAAGUCUUAGGGCACUUGAAAACUUGUCUGGUCCUUGGCUUUGGGUACACAUUGCUGCAUGACCCCUUCACAUCUAGGAACAUCAUUGGGAUUUUGGUUGCCAUAAUUGGGAUGGGUUUGUACUCCUAUUUCUGCACCCUUGAACACAGGGUGAAACAAGCCGCAAAUCUAUCAUCUAUGUCUCAGGUUAAUAAAGGCAAAGAUGACAAGUCGCCACUUCUGCCGGGAAAGAACACAAGCCAUCAAGAGAAAGAGAAUCAUGAAGCCACCAAAAAGGAUUCCUUGUUUAGAGUUUAGUUUUGAAGUUUGAUAUAUGAGAGGUCGAUAUAUCCAUCUCUCCAUGAGCUACGAUAUUUUUGUUCCACACGUAUUGAAAAUUUGACAUUGAUCAUGUAAAGGUCGUGUUUAUAGUAAAAUGCAUAAAUCAUACCUUUGUGGCUCUGUUAAUGUAUUUUGGUAUGUAAUUAUGCUAUGAAACAAUUCAAAUGUACACAGAAGCAAUGCUUCCAUGGUUAAAAUUUCAAUUAAUACUACCAGUUGAAUCAAG